GACUUCUUAUGUCGCCUGGUGAAGUACCUUCAGGUUCUUGGAAUGUUUGCCUCCUCCUACAUGAUCGUGGCCAUGACAGUGGAUCGCCACUAUGCUAUCUGCUGCCCCCUGCAGGCACAUCGCAGCGGGGCCACGAAGCGCUGGAACAGCUUCAUCGUGCUGGCCUGGGUACUGUCGCUGCUGCUCAGCCUGCCACAGGUCUUUAUCUUUUCCCGUUCUGAGUUAGCUCCAGGUGUGUAUGAAUGUUGGGGCAACUUUGCCGAGUCCUGGGGCCUCAAAGCCUACGUGACGUGGAUGACGCUGGCCAUCUUCGUCCUCCCCGUUCUGAUCAUCACCAUCUGCCAGGUGCGAAUCUUCAAGGAGAUUCACAACAAUCUGUACCUGAAAUCAGACUGCCGCCUGUGCCCCGCUGCUCUCCCUCAAUUAAGAAAAGAAACCCAGAGAGGAAAAAGAGGAGGAGGAGAAGGAAAGUCUAAUGUCCCCUUCUAUGUUUCCCCCCUCGCGUACAACAACCCUGGAAAUGACAGCAGUUUGGACCCUGCGUCCACCUAUCAGCACCUCCCGAUGGGAAUGUUUUUGUCCUCCCCGUCAGCUCAGCUGCAAGCCGGCGUCCCACCAGAUCCAACAACGCCCUCUGCUGCCUGCUCACCACACCCAACCAAACUGCCUCCUGUCAGAGGUGGAGAGGUAACAGCAGCCAUGUCAAAGACGGUGAGGAUGACGCUGGUCAUUGUGCUUGUGUACUCGCUCUGCUGGGCCCCGUUCUUCAGCGUCCAGCUCUGGGCCGCCUGGGACCCUGACCCACCUCAGAACGGUGGAUACUUCAGCGAGGAGAGACCAGUUUCCCCAUUGGUACCAGUAGUACCUUUACAAAAAUACACAUGA